AUGGUCAAAACAGAAUUAUUUAUGAGCACUGUCGCUGGUAACCUUCAAGUUAAAAAGGACCAACAAGCAAUUAAAAAUUUAUUGGAAGCAAAGAAAAUCGAAUACGUUGAAUAUGAUGUUGCAAGUGAUUUAGAAAAAAGAGAAUAUAUGAAAAAAGUCAGUGGUAAAACUGUUUUACCACAACUCUUCAUUAAUGGCAAAUUCGCAGGUACAGUCGAAGAACUUUUAGAUUUAGAAGAAGAUAAUAAAUUCAUUGAAUUAUUCAAAUAA